GGCGGCGUCCGGGCCCGCCCCCGGGAGGCGCCCACCCAGGCCCGCGGCCCUGGCCGCCCUCCCCGGCGCCGCCGACCAUGCGCCCCCUCGCGCGGACCCUGGUGCUGCUGCUGCUGCUGCCGACUCUCGCGCUGCCCGCGGCCGCCGGCGCCCCAGACGCUCGGCCGAGCGCGCGGCGGAGCCUGGCGUGGGGGCCGGGGCUGCAGGCGGCCGUCGUGGUGCCCGUCCGCUACUUCUACCUGCAGGCCGUCGGCGCGGACGGGCAGAACUUCACCCGAUCGCCCCCAGGUCAAACGUUAUUCAAAGUAGUAAUCAAGUCUCUUUCACCUAAAGAAUUAGUUCGUAUUCACGUGUCUAAGCCUUUGGACAGGAAUGAUGGAACAUUUUUGGUGCGAUAUAGGAUGUAUGAAAGUGUGAGUGAAGGGCUAAAGAUAGAAGUUUUUUAUGGUGAUGAACACGUGGCUCAGUCUCCGUACAUCUUGAAAGGACCAGUAUACCACGAGUACUGCAUGUGUCCGAAGGAAGAUCCUCAGGCCUGGCAGAAAACUCUUGCGUGCCCAACCAGAGAACCCCAGAUUGAGAAAGAUUUUGCUCCUUUUCCCAGCAUCAGUCUCCAGCAGAUGCUAAAUGAAGUCCCAGCCAGGUUUGGGGGGGAAAUGGGCGCCGUUGUUCAUUACACGAUUCUCAAUAACCGCAUCUACCGGAGAAAUUUAGGGAAAUACACAGACUUCAAAAUGUUCUCUGAUGAGAUUUUGCUGUCCCUGGCAAGAAAGGUCGUUCUCCCAGAUUUAGAGUUUUACGUUAAUCUUGGAGAUUGGCCCUUGGAGCAUAGAAAAGCCAAUGAAAUUCCAGCUCCUUUACCUAUCAUUUCGUGGUGUGGCUCUGUGGACUCCCAAGAUAUUAUCCUUCCAACCUACGAUAUCACCCACUCCACACUUGAAGCUAUGAGGGGUGUCACCAAUGAUCUCCUCUCUAUUCAGGGAAAUACAGGACCUUCCUGGAGCAAUAAGACAGAAAAAGCUUUCUUCAGAGGCCGGGACAGCCGGGAGGAGAGGCUUCAGCUGGCGCAGCUGUCCAAAGAAAACCCGCAGCUCCUAGAUGCCGGAAUCACAGGGUAUUUCUUUUUCCGAGAGAAAGAAAAGGAGCUUGGAAAAGCUAAAUUAGUUGGUUUCUUUGAUUUCUUUAAGUACAAGUACCAAGUGAAUGUGGAUGGGACGGUGGCUGCUUACAGAUACCCAUAUCUCAUGCUGGGUGACAGUCUGGUUCUGAAGCAGGACUCUCCAUAUUAUGAACAUUUCUAUCUUGCACUAGAGCCUUGGAAACAUUAUGUUCCAGUUAAAAGAAAUCUUAGUGAUUUACUGGAGAAAAUUAAAUGGGCCAAGGAAAAUGAUGAGGAAGCCAAGAAGAUUGCCAAAGAAGGGCAGUUGACGGCGCGGGCCCUGCUGCAGCCUCACCGGCUUUACUGCUACUAUUACAGAGUCCUAAAGAUGUACGCUGACCGCCAGUCCAGCAAGCCGGAAAUCCGAGAGGGGAUGGAGCCUGUGGCCCAGCCUAAAGACAGCACCGCCACCUGCCACUGCCACGAGGGAAGUCCAGCGAGAGAAGAGCUGUGAGGCCUGGCAGUGCCUGAGACACUGUCUCGGGGGGCCUUUCUGCAGGCAUGGAUGGACUGAGCCAAGGAAAAGCAGGAUGACCAAGUGGCUUUGGAUUUUUCCUUUAUCUUAAGUAAAAACGACUUGUUCUCCGCUUCACAGUGUCUCUUAGCGGAAAGCACAGGAGUGACAGUGGGGAGAGAAGCUUGAGGAGACAGAGGCCUGGCAGUGACUGCCCUCAUCAGAGUGAGAGGUUUGUUCCUUGCCUUUGUCCGCUUUCCUUCUUCUCCAUCUCAUUAGCAGCAGUGAACACGGUUGUGCAGCUCCGCGUGUGCUGCAUGUUGCACCUGCAGGUUGCUGAUGACUCCAGUAAUAGCCAGCCUGCAUGGAAGCUCACAAGAAGACUCUCAAGGGAGAAGUUUUAAUUUAUUUUCUAUUUAAGUAAUUUUUUGUACUUCGGCACCCCGGUGCCCAGCACUGUAAAUAGUCAUGUUUCAGGCCUACAUUGUCGUUACACCUCACCCAGAAGGGAGGGGCUAUUUUUUGAUGCUUACUCUUUCUAAGUAAGUUGUAUGAUGGCCUCACUUUUUUUUUUUCUGGAGAAUGUAUAGAAUGCCAGAUUUGCCACAUGCAAAAAUAGUUGAAGAAUUGUUUGGUGUUAGUUUUCCCUGGGUAACUGGUGAACCCAGGUGGGCCGUGUGCAGUGCAAGCCCCCUACCUCUUGCACUGUCACUCCAGCCAUAAAAGCCAAAAAUAUUUUCAAGUGAAAUAGUGCCUUAUCUAGGAAUUCCAUCUCCUUGGGUUGUUUGUACACAGAGUUCCCAAAGUAAAGGAGAGCCUCCUGUCAGUGCCUUUCAUUAUCUGCAGAUUGAAUGGCUCAGAGAGAACAAGGCCAGUGGGCAGUGUUCAUUCUUUUUCUUCUCUAAAGGGGCACUUGAGGGCCUCUCUACAGGCUGCGGUGAGCCCAGGCUCCUGAGAAUUCCCUGGGAGGCCCCGAAGGUUUCUUCCCUCUGCCCUUGCUCUGGGCCGCUGGGUUUCCUCGUUAUCAGGAGGAAAUCUGCAGGGAUUUUCUUAGUCUUUGAGGACAGUUCACACUUCCAUCUUAAAGCCCAGAACUUUGUGAUAGACUCCUUGUAUUACCGCCCCCCCAAAAAGAUUCAGCUCAUUAAAGAACACACUCCAAAAACAAGCACUAUCCACACUCCCAGUUUAAAAAGACAGACUUUAGGGCUGGAGAGAUAGUACCAGAGUCAAGGCAUGUGGGAUUUCAAUCCCAGCAACACCUUGGCUCACUCCUGAGCACAGAGCUAGGAGUAGUCCUUUGCUGCUACUACAGUGCAAAGCUCUACCCAAAAAAUUCUACAAAGAUGAACUCUCUUCAUAGAUACCUUUCCCUAAUGUGGAAAACCGUGUAACCUUUUUAAAGUAGUCAUGUUUUUUGAAAUGCAGUAAGAACAGAAUUUUAUUUUAUUUACUUUUUUGGCACACCUGGCUUCCUCCUGGCUCUGUUCAGGGAUCACACCUUCUACACUUGGUGGACCAUAUGUGAUGCUGGGAAUCAAACUGAGUCUGUCACAUGCAAUCCUAGCACCUUACUCUGUGUACUGUUGCUCUAGCCUCAGAAUUUUAAAAAAUGAAUAAGGAAAAGCAAAGCCACAUUUGGAUUAUGCACAUUUCCAUGGGUUUAUCUACAUUUCCCUGGACAACCAAAGUCGGUUAUCCAGGGAAAACUAAUACCCGACAAUUCUCAAAGUGCUAAGAAAACACCUUCCCAAAUCCUGUUCCUUGACUGGUCAGAGUGGAGAUUCUGAAAAUAAGUUUGCAUUCCCUCCCACUUACCCUGGCUUCCAGUCCAUUCCUGAUGUCUACUUGCAUUUUGAUGAAAACAUCUUCCAGUUAAAAUAUUUUUUAUCAUCAACUGCCAAACAGGCCCAAAAGUUCAAAGUGAGUUGAGGCACACAGCUUUUGGGUUUGGAAAAGGAAGGGAAUGCUUGGAUAAAUGGAGUCCCUGGAGAAAAGCUGCUCGAGAGAGAAGCCUUCAUCUAGAAGAUUCUCCAGCCCACCAGCUCAGUCAUAGCCUGAAAAAUGUUCGUUUUUCAGGACUUUCUGACACAAAUGCAAUUUGCUAAAAAUGCAAUUACUAAAAUCCUAAUUCUUUACAUUUCUAGGGAAUUAAUUAUUCCCUAGUUCACAUUUAUAUUACUUAUUUUCACUAUUCCAAUUUUCUUAAAAUUAUGUAAUCUUUCAAAGGGGAUAGGAUAUAUUAAUGAGGAUAUACAAGUAAACAUGAUAACAGCAUUAGUCUAGAGAAACUAUCAACUUGUUUUUUGGGGGGGCGUUGCAAUGUUGUUCUUUAAUAAAAUCUUGGAACUUCUUAAACAGCCAUCUUAGGGAAUAGGCUAAAUUGAUUUUGCUACAUCAACAAAUACAGUACAGCUAAAAUAACUUCACUGAAACUGUGAAGUAGUUCUAAAAGUCCUCUUGUGAAAAUUUUCUGAUUUAAAAAAAUGUAGUUAUGCAACAAUGAGUAUAAUGCAAAAUGAUGUAUAAAAUAUACACACAUAUGUGUGGUUCAAAUUUUGAGACGAAACUCACCAAUAAAUGAGGAGGAGGGUGUUUGUGAGAGGAAUUUUUACUUUUUGUUUUAUUCCUAUUAUAUGCAAAGUGUUUUUACUAUAAGUAUGAAUCAGAUGGUAAAAUUAAGAAAAAUAAAGACCUUGGAAAAGAUGUGUACAAAAGAUAGAAGUAGUAAAUAAAUAUUUAUAUUUUCUGUAUGCUCUUAAAUCUACUAUAUUCAAAAUUUUAUAUCCUGGGACAUAAUAAAGAACAUUUUCUAAAUAAAUUUCUUUAAAGAUAUUUUUUGAGA